CGCCGACGGACGCGAGUUUCGCUUACCAUUAUUAAGACGAUUUAGUAGAUUUAAUCGCCUAGCAUUUCGCAUAUUGUGCAAGUCGCACGCGACUAUAUAGGCGCCUGUGUGUGUGUUGGUUAAUUAUACGCGACACGACAACUACAAAGUGAACUACAGAUGUGUGUAUAAAUCAAUGUCCGCUCCCAACUGCUGCGGCUGCAGUGCCAAUCAAAAAAUAAAUAGAAAUAAAAACAGAAACAGAAAAAAAAUUAAACAAUAAAAAUAACUAGCCAAACAGCUACGGCGUUUGCUUUGGCAACUCUUGUUUUUGUUUUUAAUUUCUACACAAUUUGGCGCGCUGUUUGUGACUAAGCUUUGGGCUUAUCGCGCAGACAAACAAAAUAAAAGCAAGUGAAUAAUAAAGUUCAAAAUUUAAUCAAUUACACGUGUCAACCAAACAAAGAGAUAAUUCGGUUAUUGUGUCGCCGCAAAGUGCAUUCGAACGGUGCCAAAUAAAUUGAAAAACAUCGUAAAUUAAAACUAAUAAAAUUGUUUUGCAGCAGCAUAAACUCCCCUAAAAGGCAAUCAACAGUGAAAUCCAAUGGCUGAGGAGGAGUAUUUGGGCGAUUUAGAGGAGAUUAUCAAUGCCAGCAUGGGGGUGAACGGAGGCGCCACAGGAGGAGGUGGAGGCGGAGGACAUCACAUACUAUCGCAGUCGACUUCGUUGCCGGUGAUGCCGUCGCACCUGCCGCUUCACUUGCUGAAUCAGAACCAGAACCAGGCGCCGCCGCCAAAGCCAAGUGCCAAGAGUGGACCCCACCUGCGCAUCGUGGAGGAGCCAACGAACAACAUAAUCCGAUUUCGCUAUAAAUGCGAGGGCCGCACCGCGGGCUCCAUACCCGGCAUGAACUCGAAUUCCGAGAACGGCAAGACCUUUCCCACCAUCGAGGUGUGCAACUAUGAUGGUCCCGUUGUCAUUGUGGUGUCCUGCGUGACCAGCGACGAGCCCUACCGCCAGCACCCUCACUGGCUGGUCAGCAAGGAGGAGGCGGAUGCCUGCAAGUCGGGCGUCUACUCCAAGCGCCUGCCGCCCGAGGAGCGGCGUCUGGUGCUCCAGAAAGUGGGCAUUCAGUGUGCCAAGAAGCUGGAAAUGCGCGACUCGCUACUGGAGAGGGAGCGCAAGAACGUGGAUCCCUUUGGGGCCAAAUUCGAUCACAAAGAUCAGAUCGACAAGAUCAACAGGUACGAGCUGCGAUUGUGCUACCAGGCCUUCAUCACAGUGGGACAUACACGGGUGGCCCUGGAUCCCAUUGUCUCCUCGCCCAUCUACGGCAAGAGUAACGAGCUAACCAUCACUCGGCUAUGUAGCUGCUCGGCACCGGUCACCGGGGGCAACGAGAUUAUCAUGCUGUGCGAGAGGAUAGGCAAGGAUGACAUCGAGGUAAGGUUCUACGAGACGGACGCGGACGGUCGGGAAACGUGGCACGCCAAUGCCGAGUUCCUGCCGACGGAUGUCUUCAAGCAAAUGGCCAUUGCCUUCAAGACGCCGCGCUACAGAAAUCCCGAGAUCACACAGAGCGUACAUGUGGAGCUAAAACUGGUGCGACCCUCGGAUGGAGCGACGAGUGCCCCGCUGAAGUUCGAGUACUAUCCGAAUCCAGGUACGGUAACCUUUGCCCGGCUGCAGCGCAAGCUGAAGCGCCGCCAGGAGCUGGACGUGUUCCAGCAGAUCCUCUCCCUUGACAGCGAAUCCGCCACAAAGUACUCGUGUCCGCCGCUGGACUUGGAGGAGGAGAACAACACGGUGUCGUCGGACGACCAGCAGAGUUCUGGAACGCUCAACGAGUUCGAGAUAAUGGUAAAGAAGCUGCAGAUGCAGCAGCGGGGCGAGUCCCACGAAAUGGACGGCGGGACCGUCACCGAGUAUACGGAUAACGAUAACGAGCCUGACAUGGAGAUCGAGCUGGAGGUGCCGCAGUUACUGCCCCAACUGGCGGACGACUGCACCCAGACAUCCACGCCCAUGGAGGAGAUACUGCAGCAUCCCCAGCUGCAAUCGCGUCCGCUGACCAAUGUGGACAAGAUCACCGAGUGGAUGAAGAGCAGCGAGUUUGAGCGAACGGAUAGCUUGACCGUGGAGAACGGAGACACCCAAUCCCUUUCGAAUAGCACCGCUCAGACAGCCUUCACCAAUGUCAGCAGCCUGACGGCCAAUACGACCAUAACGAAUCAAUUGGAGGAAGAGGCCCAUCUGGCCAAUGGCUCCCGCAGGGAUACUCUCGAAAAUCCCGCAGUGAAGGAGCUGCCGGAGGCCGACAAGGAGCCAGAAAUGGUGACGGCCAGUGCCCAGGCCUCCGUGGAUCUGGACGAGAACUUCGAUGAGACCGCCACCUACACGAGCCUUCAGAUAGCUUUCAACAAUCCCAUAGACAUAGCAGCUCCCAAGGAGAGCAGGCAGGGCGGUGGUAUACCGAUGUAUCCACCCACCAAUCCAUUUGGUUCCCUGGAUGAUGCCGAAUUGGUGGUUCUUACGAAUCCACCGGCACCCAGAAUUAAAGUGAAUGCCGCCCAGACCCCAGCCACGCCACCAGACUCUCCGCCCCUGCCGCUGCCACCGCGUACACCUUCGCCAGAUCCUGAGCACAGAUUGCCACCGCUGCCUCCAAAGCCACAGAGAAAUUCCCAAGAUCUGAGCAUUGUCAGUGACUCCAUCUCGAUAAACCGCUCCCGAAACGGCAGCCUUAGCUCCGCCAGAACCACACCCUCGCCCAUUAUCAUAAUGCGAACCCCCGAUCAGAGUCCCACCAAAAGGCAGCCCACGCCAAGCGAGUCGCCCAAGAAGCGCCAGGGAUUCUUCUCCCGAUUCUUUUCCCGACGCAAGAGUAGGGCCGAGGACGAUGAGUCCCUGACACCGGGUGCCAGUCCCAGCAAGCAGGUAUCCGGCAGAUCGAAAGCCACCACACCCACCGGCAGCCGGGAGCCCAGUGUGGCACAUUUUUCCCUCGGCGAUCCCAAUCGCAGUUCCACGAAGUCCAUGCAACCGCUGGGCAAGAGCGAGGGCCGAAACGGCAAGCCAGUGGGUCGUAGCUCAAGCAGUGUGUCCGGCAAGAGGCCAGCACACCUGGACGCGGAUGUGAUUCACAUUCCGUUGAAGGGUGGCGACAGCGAGAACAGCUUGCUCCGCCCGGAGAGCUACUCGAAUGCCAGCACCCUGAGCUACGGACGGCCGCUGGACCGGAAGACGCUCAGCACCCUGCAAUUGGCGGAUAUUCCCAUCAGUGACGGCAACAUGGAACUGGUGGCCAUUGCCGACCGUCAGAGCAUCCGGAAUUUGUGCGAAGGCGCCUAUGGUGUGGUUCUGGAUCCCAGUGUGGAUCUUUCCGAGGCCGAGCACUUUGCGCUGUACACCAGCAAAAGUCCGGAGCCACCGUUUGGUGGCGAGCUGGGCGGAGAUGGCGGAGGAGCAAGUGGCGGCGGCGAUGGGGCGGAAGCAACUGAUUUCCUUAGCGCAGAUGAAAUUGCUCGGCGGCUGGCGGAAGCCAAUGGAUUGCAGUAGAGAACGGGGUUAAGUGGUAACUGAUUUGUGGUUGGAAAGUAUAAAUGUAAACCAUUAAAUGCAUUUAUCUAGAGCAGCAAAAUUGAAUAACCUUUUCCUAAAGAGUUUCGUUUUAAUUUUGAGAUGCAUUUAAAGGUUUUUAUCCACAAAAUGAAAUCAGUUACCCUGAGCUCCAAGCACUAGCUAGUUUAAUCUUUACAAAAAAGCACACAACUAUACAAAACAAAUAUCUUUUCUAGUCGUCUUUUCUCUCUUUCAGUAUUAAUUACCAAAUAUAAUGCUUACACACAAAUUAUCUUCUAGCUUAGAAAUACCUGAGAGAUAUCUCACCGAAACAGAAAACAAGGAAAAUUCGUUUCUAAUCACACAAACCACCUCCGAAUGUCUUUUUAGAAACCCUCACCCAGCACAAUCGUUCGGAGACCCGCAAAGCGGUUGAAAGCCUUAAACGCAGUCUCAUGAGCACCGAUUUCUAUCCAACCAAGCACGCGAAAACGUCCAGUAAGUCCU